AUGCACAACCAUUCUGACUCGACGCAGAGGCGGAAGGUGGAGGCCAGUGAAAGCCAAGCCAUGGCGUUUAACCCGUCCACACGAUUCCAAGCGACAGGAGGGCGGGAAUGGACCGUUUCAGUGGCCAUCCCGACCAGCAUCCUUUCAGACUGCACGACGUCGGAGCAGCGGAUAAACGCACCGUCACGGGUGGCGCGGGCGCUGGCAGCCUUCUCGAUCGACGAGCUGGUCAUAUACGAUGACAGUCCGAUGGAGUCGCGGCCCAAGGCAGUCGACCACGACGGCUACACGGGCGACACAGACCCGAGCCACUACCUGUUCCACCUGCUGUCGUACAUUGAGGCGCCACCGUUCAUGCGCAAGGCGCUCUUCCCGCUGCACCCGAACCUGCGGCUGCAGGGUCUGUUCCCGAACCUGGAGAUGCCGCACCACCCACAUCGCGACGAGCAUCUGCCGUAUAUGGAGGGCCUCACAGUGGCCGGCAAGCCGGACGCAGGCCACAAGACGCUCGUCGAGCUCGGGUUGCGCAAGCCAGUGUCGAUCAAGGAGGAGAUUCCGGUCAAGACGCGGGUGACGCUCCGGUUUCCGCGCGAGUCGUUUGAGGACGGCGAGGCUGUCGAUCCGGCCGCGCCACGCACCGAAGCCGGCUACUACUGGGGCUACCAGCUGCGGCAGUGCUCCUCGCUCUCGGCCGUCUUCACCGAGAGCGCGUACGAGAACGGCUAUGAUGUGAGCAUCGGCACGUCUGAGCGCGGCUUGCCGACGUCGCAGGUGUUUCCGCGCGCCACCACCGGCACGCUCGACUUCCAGCACCUCAUCGUCGUCUUGGGCGGCCCGCGUGGGCUCGAGUAUGCGGCCAUGAACGAUCCCGACCUCGCCGGCGUCGGCAUCACCAAGGCCAACGUGCGCGAGACCUUUGACCACUGGGUCAACGUGUUGCCAAACCAGGGCACGCGCAACAUCCGCACCGACGAGGCCGUCUUCAUCGCCCUCAUGGACCUGCGUCGGCUAUGGUCCGACGCCUGA